AUGGGGGACCGAAAGCGUGUGGGCGACUAUGUCAUGGAUUUUGUCCUCUUUGCCGGCAUGAACAUACUCUCGUCAUUUGCGACCAAUCUCGAUCCCGACAAGGAGAAGCACGACCAGGCGCGGCUCCGGGCACGGGCCAACAUCCAGCGGCUGCUCAAGGACCAGGGCGGCGACGCCAACGAGGCGGGCGGUGAUGGAGUCGGCGAAGACGGGCUGCGCGGGCUCCGGCCUGAAGACCUCGAGCUCAACGAGUACGAGAACAUGAUCGCGCUCGAGGUGGUGCCGCCCGGCGACAUUGCGGUCGGCUUCGACGACAUUGGCGGCCUCGACGAGAUCAUCGAGGAGCUCAAGGAGUCGGUCAUCUACCCCCUGACCAUGCCCCAGCUCUACUCGCACGCCGCCCCGCUGCUGGCUGCCCCGUCUGGCGUCCUCCUCUACGGACCCCCCGGCUGUGGCAAGACCAUGCUGGCCAAGGCUCUGGCCCACGAGAGCGGCGCCUCCUUUAUCAACCUGCACAUCUCCACCCUGACGGAAAAGUGGUACGGCGACUCCAACAAGCUCGUCCGGGCCGUCUUCUCGCUGGCCCGCAAGCUGCAGCCCGCCAUCAUCUUCAUUGACGAGAUCGAUGCUGUGCUGGGCACCCGUCGGAGUGGCGAGCACGAGGCCAGCGGCAUGGUCAAGGCCGAAUUCAUGACCUUGUGGGACGGCUUGACGUCGUCCAAUGCGGCCGGCGUGCCGUCACGUAUCGUCGUCCUCGGCGCCACGAACCGCAUGCACGAGAUCGACGAGGCCAUCCUGCGUCGCAUGCCCAAAAAGUUUCCCGUCCCGCUGCCGGCCGCCAAGCAGCGCCUGCGCAUUCUGCAGCUGGUCCUCGGCGAGACCAAGCGCGACCCCAAGUUCGACAUUGAUUUUGUCGCCAAUGUCAGUGAAGGCCUCUCGGGCAGCGAUAUCAAGGAGAUCUGCCGCGAUGCUGCCAUGAUGCCCAUGCGCGAGUAUCUGCGCGCCCACCACGCGUCAGGCAACCCGAACUCGCAGAUCAACCCGGCCGAUGUCCGCGGCCUCCGCACUGACGACUUUUUCACCCACCGCAACAUGGAGGAGAUACAGACGCAGACCCAGGUCCUGGCCCAGACCCUGGCACAGGCCCAGGCCCAGUUUCAGGCCCAGGCUCAGGCCCAGUUUCAGGCACAGACACAGGCACAGGCACAAGCACAGGCACAGCCAAGAGAAAAGGGCACCCGCCGCCGUUCACGCCGCUCAUCUGCGUCGACAAAGAAGGCAGACAAGCCGGCAGCCACGGCCAAUGGAGACGGCGAUGAUGACGACGACGCAUACGAGGACGUGGACGACGACGAGUCCCUUCAGGCUCUGACAGUAGACUGA